AUGAAUAACGUUGUGUGCAAAACACAGCGAACUGUCAAGGGUUAUGUCGAUAUUGUUUGCAUAGAUGGAUCAAAUGAACAAUGGAUGGCCAUAGAAAAUGAUUUUCACUGCAUAUACAGCCAGUCAGUUGCUCUUAUAUUUAUAAAUGGUACCUUGUUGAGUAAUUUAUCAAAGUGGAGUUACCAUGAAUGA